UAAACCGUCGAUUAUUAGGUUGGUCAAUUCGGUUCGGUGCGGAUUCGGCCGACUGCAUUAUCCGACCGAGAGGAAAACAGAUCCAGUCGGUUAAAUCCAUCUUCUUCUUCUCAUCUCUAUCCUUAAGAAGCUUUUCAUUAAUCUUUGAAUUAUGAUUUCCAUGCUAAAGUUACGCCUGGUUUAUCUCUCUAACUUCAAGGGACAAUCGUCAUCGCUAUCGCAGUCACUAUUUGGUGCUUCCAGUCAUUUCCCUCAUGGACGCUCAACUAGUAGAAUCCUUGAGAUACUUCACAAUCGUGUGGGCCUGUCGUCCAAUAGAAACACAAGUAUUGGAUUUAGAACAUUUUGUUCCUCCCAAGAUCUUACAACUAAGAAGUGUGUGUCUUGCUCCUCUGUGGACAUGAAACCAAUGAGUGAAGAAGCAGCCAAUGGUCUUCUACCAAAGGUUCCAGAAUGGAAUUUAGUUAAUGAGGGUGAAGUAUGGAAACUGUGUCGGUCCUGGAAAGUGAAGACUUUCGCCCGAGGCAUGCAGUUUCUUCAGUCUGUUGCUGAAACUGCUGAAACAGAAGGUCACCAUCCAGAUCUUCACCUUGUGAACUGGAACAAUGUCACAAUCGAAAUAUGGACGCAUUCUGUUGGUGGACUAACAGAAAAUGAUUUCAUUCUGGCUGCUAAGAUAAAUGCUCUCAAAUUGGAUCACCUUCUGAGAAAGAACCCAGUUUGAUUUUCUCCUAAACCUUGUUUUUCAGCUUUUCUUUUCGUCGAUGUUGAAAUAAUACGACUUACUUUGGAUCUUGUUCCGACUUAAAAGUGAAUUUUUGAUCCCCUCUUCUAGCCUAGCGGCAAAAAGAGGUGGAUAUCAACCCUAAGUUCCUGGGUUCGAGCCCGUCGGGCGGCAAGUUCUGCGCCUGGUUAAAUGAUUAAGUGUGUUUGCGGGCUACAUACUUAAUCCGUUGUCCUAUUUUUUGUCCCAUUUUUUAAAAGUGAAUUUUUGGGUAUUUUAUAAUGUUCUAAAAAUAAAAAACUAAAGUUAUUUUA